ACGCUGCUAAGUGUUGUUCUUUGGCUAAGAUGUGAAACAUAAGGUCUAAGCUAAGUGUUUUUAAGUGUUGUUCCUCUGUUAAGUUGCUAGGUAUAACUUGGACGUUACAGCUGUUAGUAAGGUUAAAUGCUGCUAAGGGUUAUUCCUCUGUUGAAUUGUUAAGGUGAAGUUAUAAAUUAGGUAUAAGUUCAGUGUUGUUCCUUAGUCGAAUUGUUAGGCCUAGGCUAUAAGUUGAGUUAUGAGUUAAAAUGCUGUUAAGCUUCAGUGUUUAUAAGCGGUUAGGCCGUGUUCCUUUUUAUCCUUGCCCGCACUGUCUUUUGUCCCAUGCACCUGAACACCCACCCCCACACCCCCACACCCCCCUAGAGAGUUCUCAGCUCAUUUCUGUUUUGAUUGCCUGGAUUUUGUUUGGUUUUGUUGUUGGUUUGUUCUCCCUUGUUGUGCCCUAGCUGUCCUGUAGGUAGUAGAGUGAAUCUUGCCAAUGAACUUGUUGUGCUUUGUCGCUUAAUGUUAAAUCUGACUUUUUCUCAUACCCUGGCCACUGAUUUCUUAAGCGAUCUCUCUUUUGUAACAUCCGGCUACUUGGGGACCCAUUUUUGGGUACAACUGAGCUCCCACUAACCCAGCACACCAAGGACACCCUCAAAACCUCCCACCCUUACAAGAUUCAGGCAAUCAAAAAACACCCAGAACACUCCACAGCCAAUCAGAGCGUGAAGAGUUGAUGGCUUAUCAGUUGCCGGGCUGACCCUUUCGAAAAUGGGUCCCCAAAAUGCCCUCAGCCAAUCAGAGCGAGCAGCGCUGCUGACCCCGCACUGGUCCAGACUGGAGCUCCCAGUGCAGCGCGGCUGCUUUGGGGCUGGUGGCACCUGCCCAGCGCUGGCCAUGGGGCGAGUGGCGGCAGCUGGGGCCGUGCUGGUGGCACUGGUGGUGCUGGGAGCCCCCCGGCUGCGGGCGCGGAGCUCUCGGGUGAGCGGGGGGGGGGGGGAGGGGACGGGCGGGACGCGAUGGGAAAGGGGGGGAGAAGAGAGAAAAGACGUGGAGAACGGGGAAAAGGAGGGGGCUGGGCCCACCAAACUGGGGGUGUUCCAGAGGAGGAUAAAGGUCGAGUGUCAUUUCAUUAACGGCACUGAGCGGGUGAGGUUCGUGCAGAUGCACAGCUACAACCGGGAGCAGUACACGCACUUCGACAGCGAUGUGGGAGUCUGCAUCAGGGACACCCCAGAUGGGGAGAAACAGGUGGUACUGGACAGCCAGCUGGAAAACCCGGAGUACAGAUGGGCUCUGGUGGACAUGCACUGCCACUACAACUACGAGAUUGUCGCCCGGUUCCUUGUGAGCCGCAGAGCUCCCUUGGGAGGCACGGCAGGACCAGCAGCCUGGGAGCCUCGGGAAUGCCCCUCUGGGAUCCAUGGCACACACUGCAAUGGGCUGGAAUUCCAGUUCCCAGCGAGGAAAAGACGUUCCUGCCCUUCAAGGCAAAGCUCUGAAGGGGCUGAAACCCAAGUGGAGCAAGAUCUUACAGUGACAUUUCACUGCCAGCCUUCAUCACCUCAUCUAUGGUUGUCUUAGCUCAUGGAUUGGGAACAAAAUCAGGGGAGGGGCCUUGGUGGGAGCUGCCCUGGGUCCAGAGAGACACUGAGACAGAAACAGAGCAGGCAAAGGAAGGCAGAAGAGAAAGGAGGACACAAAUACAACCAGCUGAGAAGGUGGCACUCUGGAAACCAGACCGGAACUGACUGAAAAUGAAUGUGACAGAAAGAAAUAGUUCUGAAA